GUGCGCCUGGCGGACGGGCCGGGUGCGUGCGCGGGCCGGGUGGAGGUGCUGCACCUGGGCAGGUGGGGCACGGUGUGCGACGACACCUGGGCGUUCCCCGCGGCCGCCGUGGUCUGCAGGUACCUGGGCUGCGGGCAGGUGAUCGCGGCCCCGCCCCGCGCGCGCUUCGGGCCCGGCCGCGGCCAGGUGUGGCUGGACGGGCUCACCUGCACAGGUGAGGAGGCCGCGCCCUCCGAGUGCCGCCACAAAGGGUGGGGAGUGCACACCUGCGAGCACAGCGAGGACGCCAGCGUGGUGUGCGCAGGGGAGCGACGGACAGGUGGGACCUCGCUCAACGGCGCCGACAUCUACUCGGGCUGCGGCACCCUCAAGAUCGAGUACGCCAAGGUGAGGCCCCAGCGCCCCCAGGUGCGUCCCUGCCUCACCCAGGUACGACCCCGGCACCCCCAGGUGCAGCCCUGCCGCCCUCAGGUGCGACCCCGGAACCCUCAGGUGUGCCCCCAGGUGCGACCCCGGAACCCCCAGGUGACACCUGCCCCACACCUGUGCCCAGAAUCGGCGCUGCCGGCCCUGCCCCAGGUGCGCCUCUCAGGUGCGCCGGACAGGUGCGCGGGGCGCGUGGAGGUGCGGCACGCUCACCUGUGGGGCACGGUCUGCGACGACACCUGGGGGCUGCGCGAGGCGCGGGUGCUCUGCGCGCACCUGCGCUGCGGCCCCGCCCUGGAGGCGCCGGGCGGGGCCAGGUACGGCCAGGGGGAGGGGCCCAUCUGGCUCGAUGACGUCACCUGCAGCGGGGAGGAGCCGGACUUCUUCAGGUGCGCGCACCGCACCUGGGGGGAGCACAACUGCCACCACGGCGAGGACGCGGGCGUGGUGUGCGCAG